AAUUAAGAAAUGUUAGUUAUCUAUGGAUUUGUUUGAGAGAACGCGAGUUUUCGUGAAUGUGUUUGUUUUUAAUAUAAUUGAUAGUCUAAACCGGCGUAUAUUUUAUUUGCAUGUUAAUUAUUAUAAAUAAAUAAGUGUUGUUGUUUUCUUGUUGUGUAACUAAAAUGGUACAGUCUCAGUUUUCCCUGUCAUGGGAUUCGUACAAGUCUAGCAUUUGCAGUGGAUUUAGCGCUUUGCAACAGAAUGGAGAGUUUGUUGAUAUGACUUUAGCCGCUGACGGGCACCUUGUCAAAGUUCACCAAGUAUUGGUGGCACUGGCUAGUCCAUAUUUGAAGGAUCUUAUAACGUCAGCACCAUGUCAGCAUCCUGUUAUAUUUCUGAAUAAUGUUACACAUCGCACACUAUGUCUGCUACUAGAAUAUAUUUACACAGGAGAAGUUGUAGUCCCAGCUGAAUGCCUUUCAUCCUUUGCUGAAACUGCUAAAUCACUGCACAUCAGAGGACUGGAAAAUAUCAGUACUGCAGAGAGCUUGCCUAUUAAAUUAUCUGGAAACACAUCACUUUUAGACAACAGUGAUGUGAACAGUGUCAGUAGUUCUAAGAGAUUAACCGCAUCGCCUUCGGACAAGUUCAAGCAAGCACAGAUUAGUUUACCAUCAUCUGCAAGAAAGAUUUUCAUCAAAAAGGACCCAUCAAUGCCAUCUAUAGCUUCAGUGACUUCCGUACACACACCAUUAAGCACGCCAGUCGGGACGCCGCAAGAUGACCACCACUACGAAAACCUAAUGGAUGACUCCGGCCCACACGAUGAUGACGAUAUAGACUUCAAAAUGAAUGACCCUAAGGACAAGGAAAUCUCUCAAGAUGUAAAAGAAAAAUCCUCAUCGAACCUACAGUUUACAGUAUCAAUACGGGGCUCUCUACAAGUAAUAUUGAACAGGUACAUUUACAACCUGCACUCCACCACAUCGCGGUCAGGCAUGAGACGAUGGCGAUGUGUUGACUACAGAAACAAUAAAUGUUCAGCAUUUUUAGUCACUAAAGGCAAUGUUGUUCUUAAUAGGGCAAAUCUACACAAUCACUCAUUUCACGACAAGAAAAUACUAUCGAAAAUUGAAAAGAAAGCAGUGUUCUCCGCCAUUGACGAGGUCGAAGGGUACAAAGAUUUGCCGCCGGAAGGGCAAGCGAACAUAAUGUCGCUUGAAGAAUUCGGUGACGACGUAAAUGAGAAACAAAAUGAUAGUACUGUUAAAGAUUGAUUUCAUGGGAGCAAAAUAAUGUUAAUAUAGGCUAUAAUAAUGUUU